AUGCAGGAUGAGAACAAACACUCCGGCAGUGACGAUGAACAUCAGAGGGGGUCGGGGGGGAUCCCUCUGACCAGGAAGCUGUGUUACGCUGUGGGUGGGGUCCCGAAUCAGAUCACUGCUGUAGCUAUAGGAGUUUCCCUGCAGAUUUUCCUCCUGGAUGUUGUGCAGAUGGAGGCCUACUAUGUGUCCCUGAUUCUGUUUGUGAGUCGGGCCUGGGACGCAGUGACGGACCCUCUGGUUGGAUAUCUGGUGAGCCGCAGCAAACGCACACCCAUCGGCAAACUCAUCCCAUGGCUGCUGCUCUCCUCUCCGCUCGCUGUCCUGUCCUAUCUGCUGCUGUGGUUCGAGCCCGGCGGCGCCGUGUCCCAGCCGCUCAGCGUCCUGUGGUUCCUCACAGUGACCUGCCUGUUCGAGACCCUCAUGAGUUGCUACAACGUCCCGUACCUCUCGCUCAACAUGUUCCUGGGGGGAGAUCAGAGGGACAGGGACUCGGCCACAGCCUACAGGAUGAGCGUGGAGAUGGUGGCGAUGCUGCUGGCCUCUGUGAUUCAGGGUCAGGUUGUGGCCGUGUACAACACAGAGAAGCAGGAGGCCUGUCAGCAGCUGGACGAGGCCCACGAGACGCCUCAGAGCUCGGCCACACCACCGACUGCAUCGCUGCAGGGAACGCGGAAGGCUUUCCUGACCUCAGGUCUGGUGGUCGGUGCUUUGUUCUUCCUCUGCAGCCUGGUUCUCGUCUUCGGGGUGAAGGAGCAGCCGGCUCCUGUCCGCUCUGAUGACAAACCGCGACCGUCCUAUCUCACCUCGCUGAAGAUGCUGAUUCAUCACAUUCCUUACCAGCGACUGGUGCUUGGAUUCGUGUUCAGUGCUCUUGCAUUUCAGGUGUCGUGGAGUAAUUUUGCACUGUUCUGCAGCCAUGCAGCCGGACUGGGAGCUCAGUUCCCAUACCUCCUUCUGGCUCUACUGACCUCUGCCUCAGUAGCGGUUCCUCUGUGGCAAGCCGUUCUUCUGAGAGUCGGAAAAAAGACCACGCUUUUCAUCGGACUGUCGUUCUUCAUCCCAGCAGUGACCAUCAUCGCCUGUGCUCCCAGUAGCCUGCCUCUCUUUGUGAUCAUGUGUAUUCUGAUGGGAUUGAGCGUGGCGACUGUGUUCCUGCUGCCGUGGUCGAUGCUCCCAGAUGUGCUGGAUGACUUCUCCGUGAAACACCCGUCCUGUUCGGACCUGGAGCCUCUGUUCUUCUCCUGUUACGCCUUCUGCAGUAAGCUGGCUGGAGGCCUGUCUGUUGGGAUCUCAACCCUGGUCUUACAGUUUGUUGGCUACAGAGCGGGUGCGUGUGACCAUGGUGAGGGAGUGGUGACAGCUCUAAUGGUUUUGUUCGCACCAGUUCCCAUCGCACUCCUGCUGAUAGCCAUGGUCUUCUUCUGCUCCUACCCGAUCGAUGAGAGGCGGCUCCAGACCGCGGACCUCCAGUAA